AUAUAUAUAUAUAUUUAUUUAUUUCACGGCCGACCAUUCCUAAGUAUCUCCUCGAAGUCUCUCCUGCUCCCUGUGAUCGCCGCUUGAAGGAUCCGAGAGGGUGUUGGGGUAUCGGACUGAUGGCUCUAAACCAAACCACAAAGAUUGCCCUUGCUGUGGCAUUUUUUGGGUCACUGUCCUUUAUAUUUGGUGUAAUUGCUGAAAACAAAAAGCCACCUUAUGGAACUCCGAUUAAGGGAAAGGAUGUUGUCAUCUGCAAGUUCCCGAGUGAUCCAACAGUUGCUUUGGGAAGUUUAUCUGUUGUGACUCUCUUUCUAGCUGCUGUUAUAGGGCACAUUGCUGUGUAUUAUCCGUACAAAGGCAAGACAGUUCCCAAUCAAGCUUUGUUCUGCAGUACUACAUUGGUUGUAUUCUUCAUGAUUGCAGAGGUCGUCUCAAUUCUUGCACUGGGGAUGAUGAUGUGGGCUACCAUCACAGAAGGCCUUUCCCGUUCACGCAAUGUUCACCAUGAUCUUGAUACAGAGUGUGCUACUGCCAAGACCGGUCUCUUUGGUGGUGCGGCUUUCCUCGCCCUCGAUGCAUCCCUCUUUUGGCUUGUCUGCCAGAUGCUGACGCUAAAUGCAAGAGCUGAUUACCUGGACGAGGAUGAUCCAAAGGGAGAAUACGGACAGGUCUAUGCAACUGAAUUUGAUUCCAAUGGAGCUGGGCAUCCAGCACCCAAGGUGUGAAGUGUGAACCAGAAGUAUAUAUAUACAGAAUUAGACAGCAGUGUGAGCACUUGUGUUUGGUUUGCAGCUCUUUAUCAUUUAUGUCAGAGUCCUGGAACUUGUAUUUUCAUAUGGAUCAGUAUCAGUUCAUGAUGGUCUUUCCAAGAUUUGGUUAGAUAAUUGUUGUCCCAUCUGCUGGAAUCAUGUACUUCCUAGAUUGGGACAUGAACUGUUUCAAGGCAGUACUUCCUUGCAAUAUAGUUUGGAUUUACCCGGUAGUGUAAUGGGUAUUGACAGUGCCUAUUCAUCU